AAGUUGAGAAACUAUACGGUACCCAAAAGUGCAGCAAACGGGCAUUUCCAAAAUCGAAAAAUCCAAUGCCUGGGCAUCGCUCUGUUUGUGCGGUUUCUCGUAUUCUCCAAUGUCCUCCCAAACUGAAAAGUUAUGCUCCGAUUUCAUCCGCCUAUUUCUCCACUCACAUCGACGUCAAUCACCCAAUGCUGGUGCGUGAUUACAUACAUGCGGCGUUGUAUGACCCAGAUCAUGGUUAUUUCUCCAAAAGAUCGGGUUCAGUUGGAGUCUUGGAUACUAGUAUUAAGUUCAACCACCUUCAAGGCAGACAAGCUUAUUUGCAACAUCUUAAUAAGAUUUAUAAACAAAGUGAGAUUUCAUGGUUUACUCCUGUCGAACUCUUUAAGCCUUGGUAUGCCCAUGGGAUUGCGGAAGCCAUUUUGCGUACUGCUAAUCUUUCCGUUCCGUUAAAAAUCUAUGAAAUUGGUGGUGGAUCAGGAACUUGUGCAAAGGGUAUAAUGGAUUAUUUAAUGUUGAAUGCACCUCCACGAGUUUACAACAACAUGACCUACAUAUCAGUGGAGAUUAGUCCUUCUCUAGCUGAAAAACAAAAGGAAACGGUUGGCCAAGUUCAGAGUCACAAAUCAAGAUUUACGGUUGAAUGUCGUGAUGCUGCAGAUCGAAAUGGAUGGGGUAAUGCUCAACAGGAGCCAUGCUGGGUCAUAAUGCUAGAGGUGCUUGAUAAUCUUCCCCAUGAUCUUAUCUAUGCUGAAAAUCAAGCUUCUCCUUGGGAAGAAGUAUGGGUUGAGAAGCAGCUUGACAGGGAAAUUCCGUCUGAGUCAUACAGACCUUUACAAGAUCGUCUAAUAACACUUUGCAUUGAGAUAUUGGCUGAGGAUAUUAAUGGCCCAGCAACUGGAGUAGCAUCAGCUGCAAGAAGUAUUUUUUCUAAAAUCUUUCCUAAGCCUCGGCGUUGUUGGCUACCAACAGGCUGUCUGAAACUUAUGGAGGCUUUACAUAGUGCCCUACCAAAGAUGUCGUUGAUUGCAUCAGAUUUUAGUUACCUACCUGAUGUGAAGUUACCUGGUCUAAGGGCUCCACUGGUCUCAGCAAAGAUCGAUGGCUGCAGCGUAGAUUACAAUAGCUAUCUGGAUGCAAAGGGUGAUGCUGAUAUCUUUUUCCCAACAGACUUCUGGCUUUUGGAACGCUUUGAUCAUUAUUGCUCAGGUUGGCUGGAAACAUGCCAAAAAAACCCAUCCAAAGAAAAGAAGAAGAGGCGGACUUUUACACUUGAUACAUCUGCUUUCAUGGAACAAUUCGGGCUGCCAUCAAAAACAAAAACCAAAGAUGGUUACAACCCACUGUUGGAUGACUUCAAGAAUACCAAGUUCUAUCUGAGUGUGCCAACUUACAAUAUCAAAUAGGUGACGGGCCUAGAAACUCGAAGGCACUAGACAAAACAGUGGCCUUCUAAGAUGCUGGGUUGUUACUCCAUACCUAGCUAUAGAAAAGAGAAUCAGAAAGCCUGAUAGAAGAAGUAAGAAGUGGGGAACUAAAAUGGCAGUGAUUUAAGCAAUCUCUCCUUUUGACUUUAUAUUGGUGGUCAGUUUGAAAUUUUGUUGUGUGUUGGGUCAAGUGUUCAAGUCUUAUGACGAGGAGAGAAGACCUCACACGAAUUAAACCAGGUUCCAUCAUAAAAGCAUAAGAAGUACUCCGUAUGACUAUAGAAGUAGACUACUAGCCUUAUCAGUUGUUUGUUUGUAAGUUGUUACCCUCCGAUAUUUUAAAGUGUUACUUUGUCCAUCAUAUACAAGUAAUUGUUACGGAGUACUCAUUUUUGGAGAUACCCUAAAAAGAAUUGUGCCCUAAUAUUGAUUGAAUUGAUUACCUUCAAAUUCUAUGCAGAUGACAUGAUGGAA